AUGCGUACUCUGAAGCUGUCAGGGCACGUCGGUUUCGACAGUCUUCCAGAUCAGCUCGUUAAUAAGAGCGUUCAGAAUGGAUUCGUAUUCAAUAUCCUGUGCAUUGGUGAGACCGGUCUGGGCAAGUCGACUCUUAUGGACUCGCUGUUCAAUACUAACUUUGAGUCAACGCCAAGCCCCCACAAUCUACCCACUGUGAAACUGAAGGCUCACACAUAUGAACUGCAGGAGAGCAAUGUUCGUCUUAAGCUGACCAUUUGCGAUACUGUGGGUUACGGAGAUCAAGUUAACAAGGAAGAUAGCUUCAAGGCGGUAGUCGAUUAUAUUGAUGCUCAAUUUGAAGCAUAUCUGCAAGAGGAGCUCAAGAUCAAGCGUUCUCUACCGUCAUAUCAUGACAGUCGUCUUCAUGUCUGUCUUUAUUUUAUAUGUCCUACAGGUCACGGGCUCAAGUCCAUUGACCUCGUGUGUAUGAAGAAGUUGGAUACUAAAGUCAACAUCAUUCCUAUCAUAGCCAAGGCUGACACCAUAUCAAAGACUGAGUUGCAGAAAUUUAAGUCGAAGAUAAUCCAGGAGCUUCAAGCCAAUGGAGUGGAGAUCUACCAGUUCCCUGUGGACGAUGAUUCUGUGUCAGACGUGAAUGGUGCCAUGAACACACACAUACCCUUCGCUGUGGUCGGCAGCACGGACUUCGUCAAGAUUGGGAAUAAAACGGUGCGAGCGAGGCAGUACCCGUGGGGAACAGUGCAAGUUGAGAACGAGUCUCACUGCGAUUUCGUGAAGCUUCGUGAGAUGUUGAUUCGCACUAACAUGGAGGAUAUGAGGGACAAGACUCACGCCAGGCAUUACGAGCUGUAUAGAAGGAGGAGGCUCGCUCAGAUGGGCUUCUCUGACGUGGAUGCUGACAAUAAACCUGUGUCGUUCCAGCAGACGUUCGAACAGAAGCGCAGCGCUCACCUGCUGGAGUUACAGCAGAAGGCAGACGAGGUGCGGCAGAUGUUCGUUCAGAGGGUCAAGGAGAAAGAGGCCGAACUCAAAGAGGCUGAGAAAGAGCUUCACGCAAAGUUCGACAAAUUGAAGAAAGAGCACACGGAGGAGAAGAAACGCCUCGAGGAGCUGAGGAAGAAGAUAGAAGACGAUACUAUAGAGUUCAACAGACGGAAGGCACAGAGUGCACAGAGCACGCACACACUCACACUGGGCAAGAACAAGAAGAAGUAA